AUGGAAAUGAAGCAAGAUCCUGGUAGUGAUUAUAUUUCUGUGUGCAGUGAGACCAUCAUGUUUCUGCAUGAGAUCUUCCACCAAGGGCUGAAGGCUCGGAUCGCCAACUGGCCCACACUGGUUCUAGCGGACCUGUUUGACAUCCUGCUGCCCAUGCUGAACAUUUACCAGGAGUUUGUGAGGAACCACCAGUACAGCCUGCAGGUGCUGGCAAACUGCAAGCAGAACCGAGACUUUGACAAGCUGCUGAAACAGUACGAAUCCAACGCUGGAUGUGAGGGACGCAUGCUGGAAACCUUUCUCACGUAUCCCAUGUUCCAGAUUCCUCGAUACAUCAUCACCCUCCACGAGCUGCUGGCACACACACCUCAUGAGCAUGUGGAGCGGAAGAGCCUGGAGUUUGCCAAAUCCAAACUGGAAGAGUUAUCGAAGAUGAUGCACGAUGAGGUGAGCGACACUGAAAACAUCAGGAAGAAUUUGGCCAUUGAAAGGAUGAUUGUAGAAGGCUGCGACAUUCUGCUGGACACGAGCCAGACCUUCGUCAGACAAGGGUCUCUGAUCCAGCUGCCGUCCAGUAGCGAACGGGGCAUGCUCAGCAAGGUACGCCUGGGCUCCCUUUCACUGAGGAAGGAGGGAGAGAGGCAGUGUUUCCUGUUCACCAAACACUUCCUCAUCUGCACUCGAACCUCUGGAGGGAAGCUUCACUUGCUGAAGCAGGGAGGAACGCUGUCCCUUAUUGAGUGCACUCUGAUUGAGGAACUGGAUGCCAGCGAUGAAGACUACAACGCCGCUGGUCAAGGCUUCAGUCACCUGGAGUUUAAAAUUGUGGUGGAGCCUCCUGAUGGUCAGAGCUUCUCUGUGGUUCUUCUGGCUCCUUCCCGUCAGGAGAAAGCUGCAUGGACCAGCGACAUCAGCCAGUGCAUUGAUAACAUUCGCUGUAACGGCCUGAUGACCAGCGUGUUUGAGGAAAACUCUAAAGUUUCUGUGCCGCACAUGAUCAAGUCUGACGCCAGGCUGCACAAGGAUGAUGUCGAUAUUUGCUUCAGCAAGACUCUCAACUCCUGCAAAGUCCCUCAGAUCAGAUACGCCAGCGUGGAGCGGCUGCUGGAGCGCCUGACGGACCUGCGCUUCCUCUCCAUCGACUUCCUUAACACCUUCCUCCACACCUACCGGAUCUUCACCACUGCCGCCGUCGUCAUCGACAAGCUGGCCGACAUCUACAAGAAGCCCUUCACGUCCAUCCCUGUGAGGAUCGAGCAGCAUUCAUACGACCGUCUGUCCAUCAUGUCCCUCUGUCCUGACUACAGUCUCAAGAUCACUCAGCUGGCUUUGGACCAGUCUAAGUCUUUGGAGCUCUUCUUCGCCACCAAUCAGGGCGCCUGGGGAACGGACCCUUUGAACGGCAAAUCCCCAAGACUGUGUCGCAAGUUCUCCUCUCCUCCUCCCAUAUCCAUCCCCUCCCGCACCUCCUCUCCGGUGCACUGCCGCAAGCUGUCCCUCAGCUCCCCCGUCAGCGUGAAAGUCGGAGCCUUGGACCUGUCCACGACGCCCUCCUCAUCCGCAGCCAACUCUCCCACUUCCAGCCACUGUCCCUCCAUCUCCUCUCCUCCCCCUGGAUCCUCCAGGUUGCCUUUUGGCUUCUCCUCUCCUCCACCCACCGCCACGCGCUCUCCCAGCCUCCCACAGGCCUCUGGGGUGUCCUCGCCGCCUCCCAUCUCCACAAAAGCCCCUCUGGACCUCAGCCGGGGUCCCAGCUCCCCAGAGCUGAGCCCGGCUGCGGCGGAGGACGUCAGCGGAGAGCUGCCUCGCCUCGACGCCUUCUGUGGGAAGCUGAGGCGCAGCAUCCGCAGGGCUGUCCUGGAGUCUGUGUCCUUGGACAAGUUUAUCCCAGAGUCCCCGUCCACCAGUGAGCCGGGGGACUUGUCUCCCUGCCGCUCCCCGUCCACACCAAGACAUCUGCGAUACAGACAGUCUGGAGUCACAGCCGGUGAGAACUCUCGCUGUACCAUGUCGCCAGCAUCGGCGUUCGCCAUCGCCACAGCCGCCGCAGGGCACAGCAGCUCGCAGGGUUUCAGUAACUCUGAGAAAACAUGUGACAAGGAAUUCAUCAUCCGCAGAGCUGCUACCAACAGAGUCCUCAACGUGCUGCGCCACUGGGUCUCCAAACACUCCCAGGACUUUGACAUGAACAGUGAGCUGAAGACGGGGGUGAUCGGUCUUCUGGAGGAGGUUCUGCGAGACCCGGAUCUUCUGCCCCAAGAGAGAAAAGCAGCAACCAACAUAUUAAGCGCCCUUUCUCAGGAUGAACAAGACGACACUCAGCUGAGGAUAGAGGACAUCCUGCAAAUGAAAAGCUGUCCUCUUCUGCAUUUCAUUGCGGCGGAGAGUCCCAAAGCUGAAUCCUUUGAGUCGCUGUCGGCCAUGGAGGUGGCAGAGCAGAUCACGCUGCUGGAUUACAUCGUUUUCAGGAGUAUUCCCUACGAGGAGUUCCUGGGUCAGGGAUGGAUGAAGGUGGACAAGUCGGAGAGAACGCCGUACAUCAUGAAAACCAGCCAGCAUUUCAAUGACAUGAGUAACCUGGUGGCGUCUCAGAUAAUGGAUCACACUGACGUGGCUUCCCGCGCCGGCUCUAUAGAGAAAUGGCUGGCAGUGGCCGACAUCUGCCGCUGCCUCAACAACUACAACGGAGUGCUUGAGAUCACCUCUGCUCUCAAUCGCAGCGCCAUCUACAGGCUGAAGAAGACCUGGGCUAAAGUUUGCAAACAGACCAAGGCGCUGAUGGACAGGCUUCAGAAGAUCGUAUCGUCAGAGGGGAGGUUCAAGAACCUCAGAGAAACCCUGAAGAACUGCAACCCUCCGUGUGUCCCGUACCUGGGCAUGUACCUCACUGACCUGGCCUUCAUCGAGGAGGGGACACCCAACUUCACAGAGGAGGGCCUGGUUAACUUCUCCAAGAUGAGAAUGAUUUCUCACAUCAUUCGGGAAAUUCGUCAGUUCCAACAAGCUCCUUACAGAAUAGAGCAUCAACCCAAGGUAACUCAGUUCCUGCUGGAUAAGACCUUAGUGAUGGAUGAAGACACCCUGUAUGAGCUCUCACUGAAGAUCGAACCUCGAGUCCCGCCAGGCUGAUUUCCCACAGCAAGCCCUCGUGUUUACAUGUCUUUUGUUUUUAUGUUGUACAGGGGUGUAAAAAGGGUAGAAGGGGAAACUCAGGAGAAAAUGUGCCUUAUUCUAUGAAUUAUAUGAGGUAUUUAUUUAGUAAUUACUCGGUAUCACAGAAAUACCUCCAUGUCAUAGUGUAGAAACCCCACUGGCCAUAGUACUGGAAUAUUGCUGCUAUCACUCAAUGAGGUCAUUUAUUGUUUUUUUUAUCUUCCAAACAAAUGUCUUCAGAUAUUUUACAUCAUUUGGAUUCCUGCUAAUUAUAUCAAAUAAUCAGGUUUACCUUAAUGAGCACACUAGUGUUAUUGUUUUGUAUUUGUGAUUGUAAUGAUCUAGAGCUGAGGUCUUCAACAGGGGGUCUGCAACCCCUAGGUGGUCCGUGGAGGUACUGCAUGGAGGUCGUGAAAGU